CAACUAAGCCAACAUAAGCCAAAAAAGAGAAGCGCUCUCUCUCUCUCUAAAAAAUGGAGAAGCUCUUCAUCUUCUACUGGCUUAAGUUGUUUUUCAUCUGUUUCUUGAUUUUAGUUUUCGUUCUAAAGAUGGCAGUGUUGAUUUGGUGGAGACCCAAAAGAAUUGAAUACCAUUUUUCAAAACAAGGAAUCAGAAGCCCCCCUUAUCGUUUCUUCACUGGCAAUCUGAAAGAGCUUGAGGAGUUGGUGGUUAAGGCUUCUUCUCAGCCUAUGCCUUUCUCUCACAAUAUUGUCCCUAGAGUUCUUUCCUUCUAUCAUCACUGGAAGAAAAUCUAUGGUUCAACUUUUCUUGUGUGGUUCGGACCCAAGGUUCGUCUCACCGUCUCUGAUCCAGAACUCAUCCGAGAAAUCUUCACAACCAAGUCUGAAUUCUAUGAAAAGAUUGAAGCUCACCCUCUUGUUAAACCGCUUGAAGGUGAUGGACUACUCAACCUCAAGGGUGAAAAAUGGGCUCACCAUAGGAAACUCAUCACUCCCACAUUCCAUAUGCAAAAUCUCAAAAUGCUUGUGCCAGUGGUGGCAAAGAGUGUGAUGGAUAUGCUGGAACAGUGGUCUGCACUAAUUUCAGACUCUGAAGAGGUUGAAGUUGAAGUUUCAGAGUGGUACCAAACACUGACGGAACAUGUCGUUACAAGAACUGCUUUUGGUAGCAGCUACGAGGAUGGUAAGGCCAUUUUCCGAUUGCAGGCCCAGCAAAUCGCGCUAGCUGCCGUGGCUUUCCACAAGGUUUUUAUCCCCGGUUAUAGAUUCAUUCAUACCGGUCGGAACGUGAAAUCAUGGAAAUUGGAAAAGAAAAUCAAGAAAUCCCUAAUCAAACUGAUCGAUAGGAAGAGAGAAAAUUCAACUAAUGGAGUCAGUGGUCCAAAAGAUUUAUUAGGAUUAAUGAUCCAAGCCUCAAAUUCAAGCUCAAAUGUAACCGUUAACGAUAUAAUGGAAGAAUGCAAGGGCUUUUUCUUUGCUGGAAAAUAUACCACAUCCAAUUUGCUGACGUGGACAACUGUCUUAUUAGCAAUGCACCCAGAGUGGCAGGUUAAAGCACGUGAGGAGGUUCUGAGGGUGUGUGGAUCACGUGACGUACCCACCAAAAAUGAUAUUGUAAAGCUUAAGACGCUGACCAUGAUUCUGAAUGAAUCCCUGCGGUUAUACCCUCCGACGAUAGCGAUGAUCCGACGGUCGAGAACAGACGUAGAGCUUGGGGGCUACAAGAUUCCAGGUGGGACUGAGCUUUUGAUACCAAUCUUGGCUGUUCAUCAUGAUCAGAGCUUAUGGGGAAAUGACGCAAAUGAGUUCAAUCCGCGGCGUUUCAGUGGAGGAGUAGCCAAGGCAGCUAAACAUUCACUAGGUUUCAUACCAUUUGGUCUUGGAGCAAGGAACUGUAUUGGCCGAAAUCUAGCCAUUCUGCAAGCAAAAUUGACCCUAGCCAUUAUUCUUCAACGCUUCUCCUUCAGAUUGGCUCCUACCUACCAGCAUGCACCCACCGUCCUCUUGCUUCUUCACCCACAAUAUGGUGCACCCAUCAUUUUUCGAAGGCUGCCCAAUUCGUCAACCUAAACACAUUCAUUUGUGUUUUAGUCCAUGAUAGACAAAGAUUCAAGCAAGUGUUUCCUAAACAAAGAAAAUUAUCCAUAGACGUAUAUUAUAUUUAUGUGUGCAUGAGAUUGCAUGCCACCUCACCUAUCGUUGCUGUGCUAAGUGCUAACCCUUCAUGCCCAUGGUGAUUGUACCAGCAUAUUUACUGCGGCUUGCUUGUAAUUUUGUGAUUUUCACUGAAGUGGCAUUUGAAGAGGUUGAUUAAUUUUAGACUAGGGAUUUUAAAACAUUUUGCAAACAACCAGAACCAGGUAGAUUAAAUCCACCCAUUCAUGCAAAUCUCUUGUACGUACAUGUCUAAUGUACAAAUUUGCUGGCAGUUCUCUAUACAGUUUUUUAAUAUUAAGCUUCC